UCUGUUUUCGCCACUCUUUACCGCCUUCCUUGCUUUAGUUCAUUAAGCUACUUACGUAGGUACCUAUGUACUCACCUUCAAUUAACUACAUCAUCUCCAUUUGUAUCCAUACUACGUUUUAACACGCCAGCGCAAUCAUGUCUGACAAUGUUGGACUCUCGACGCCCCGAGGAAGCGGGACAUCUGGAUAUGUCCAACGCAACCUAGCACACCUCAGGCCGCGCGAUCGAGCAGCCCCGUACAACGCCAAAGACCUCGAUAGCUUCAAGCAUCGGCAACGUCAACCGGACAAGGAGAUCCUAGAGCACGAUCGUAAGCGCGAAGUCGAAGUGAAGGUCUUCGAAUUGCGCGACCAGCUAGAAGACGAAGGAGUUGACGAGGAUGAGAUUGAUAAACGCUGCGACGCCUUACGAAAAGAACUACAAGCAAAGAUGAGCAAGGGUGAUAGGGGCGCCGCGCCGAGGAAACCACUCAAGGCGCAUCAAGUUCACGAACUGGCCGACGCGAAGAUCAAGGAGAGCGAGCGGCUACGAAAUGCGUUGAAGAUAAGCAAGGACUACGAAGAGGGGAGCCACUGGAGGCGGCAAGAGGAAAGGCUAAGGAAAGCCGCGGAAAGGGACUCCUCUACCCAGAACAACAGAGAUUAGAAUAUUUGGGCCUGGACAAUUAGUGUUGCUCUACACUCCAUUGGAUUAUGCAAAGGCGUUUGGGGCGGCCGAGCUUUAUUAAUAGGCCAUUAAUA